CGUGACUAGUUUACAACCUUCCCCCGUCUCUCUCUCCUUGCAAAGAAAUUAAGAUUGGUUGAGUCAGUAAGAAGAGGAGUGUCUCGCCUAUAAAUAGGAUCGGCUCCUUCCGACAUAUUUGCAUCUCUUUUCUUUCUAUCUGCUCUUUUCGCAGAAUCCCUCUUCACUUCUCCUUCUCCGCCCAAAUUCAAACUCAAUAUCGCCACAACUAAUUCAGGUAGUGUUGAGUGCUCUGUCCAUCAUGGCGACUGGGCAACUAUUUUCCCGGACCACACAAGCCCUAUUCUAUAACUACAAGCAACUUCCUAUCCAACGGAUGCUUGAUUUUGACUUCCUUUGUGGGAGAGAGACGCCAUCUGUUGCUGGAAUUAUAACUCCGGGUGCUGAGGGGUUCCAGAAACUUUUUUUCGGUCAGGAGGAAAUUGCAAUUCCCGUUCAUUCAGCUGUUGAGGCCGCUUGCGCUGCACAUCCAACAGCUGAUGUUUUUAUCAAUUUUGCAUCAUUCAGAAGCGCGGCUGCUUCUUCUAUGGCUGCUUUGAAGCAACCCACUAUUAGAGUUGUGGCUAUAAUAGCAGAAGGCGUUCCAGAGUCUGAUACCAAGCAGUUGAUUGCAUACGCCAAGGCAAACAAUAAGGUUGUGAUUGGACCUGCCACCGUUGGAGGCAUUCAAGCUGGAGCAUUUAAAAUUGGUGACACUGCUGGAACUAUUGACAAUAUCAUCCAGUGCAAGCUAUACAGGCCUGGAUCUGUUGGAUUCGUGUCCAAAUCUGGUGGCAUGUCUAAUGAAAUGUACAACACUAUAGCCCGUGUGACAGACGGAAUAUAUGAAGGUAUCGCAAUUGGAGGAGAUGUGUUCCCGGGAUCAACUCUUUCUGAUCAUAUCCUGCGAUUUAACAACAUCCCCCAGGUUAAAAUGAUGGUUGUACUUGGGGAACUGGGUGGAAGAGAUGAGUACUCUCUUGUCGAAGCCUUGAAACAGGGAAAGGUCAAUAAACCUGUUGUAGCCUGGGUGAGCGGAACCUGUGCCCGACUUUUCAAGUCGGAAGUUCAAUUUGGUCAUGCAGGUGCCAAAAGUGGUGGUGAGAUGGAGUCGGCGCAAGCCAAGAACGAGGCACUAAGGGAUGCAGGUGCCAUUGUUCCCACAUCUUUUGAAGAACUAGAGAUAGCAAUUAAAGAGACGUUUGAAAAACUUGUUGAAGAUGGAAAGACAACGCCCGUUAAGGAAAUCACACCUCCUCAAAUCCCUGAGGAUCUUAGCAUCGCUAUUAAGAGCGGAAAAGUUCGCGCUCCAACUCACAUUGUUUCCACCAUCUCUGAUGACAGAGGUGAAGAGCCAUGUUAUGCCGGUGUUCCAAUGUCAUCAAUCGUUGAGCAGGGUUAUGGUGUCGGUGAUGUUAUCUCCCUUUUAUGGUUUAAACGCAGUCUUCCUCGCUACUGCACACACUUUAUUGAGAUUUGCGUCAUGUUAUGUGCUGACCAUGGUCCCUGUGUCUCUGGCGCUCACAAUACCAUUGUCACUGCAAGGGCCGGAAAAGAUCUAGUUUCUAGUCUUGUCUCAGGGUUACUCACUAUUGGUCCAAGAUUUGGAGGAGCCAUUGAUGAUGCUGCUCGAUACUUCAAGGAUGCUUAUGACAAGGGUCUUACUCCAUAUGAGUUCGUCGAAAGCAUGAAGAAGAAGGGUAUUCGUGUGCCAGGAAUUGGGCACAGGAUUAAGAGAGGAGACAACAGAGAUAAGAGAGUAGAGUUACUACAGCUUUACGCACGUACCAACUUCCCUUCUGUCAAAUACAUGGAGUAUGCUGUCGAAGUUGAAACAUACACUCUAUCAAAGGCAAACAACUUGGUUAUGAAUGUUGAUGGUGCCAUUGGAUCUCUCUUCUUGGAUCUCCUUGCUGGUAGUGGAAUGUUCAGCAAAACUGAGAUUGACGAAAUCGUGGAAAUAGGAUAUCUUAAUGGACUCUUUGUGCUUGCACGUUCCAUUGGUCUCAUCGGGCACACCUUUGACCAGAAGAGAUUGAAGCAACCAUUGUACCGUCACCCAUGGGAGGAUGUUCUCUACACCAAAUAAUCUCCUGUUUCUAGCUACCGGUUGUAACAACGUUUCUUGCUUCUCAUUCUUUUUGUCUCUCUUUCAAAUGUCAAUUUUUAGUCCUGUGAUUUAUCUCUUUUUUUUUCUCGUGUCAUUUAUAAACUUAACAUUGUUGUUUGUACUCAGUGAUUGCAGCCUUUGGUGUUGUCUUUAAACUAGUGUAGUAAGAGAGAUGUGAAUGAUUUUAAAUAAUCUGUUAUGAGCAUUACUUUGUCAGUCAGUGAAUGCAAAAAUUGUGCCAUAUGAGUUUGACAGUGAAAGAUGCCGAAUUUGACAAAGCAAGAUGUAAGUAAUUGUAAAUUAUAUAGUUUUCACUUGGCUGUUGUUUCAUCAGAUGAAUAUCAAAGAUUUGUUGAAGAUA